GUUUUUGUGCUUUGUGCUGAAUGAGUGUUUGUUGAAAAGAAGAACGGUCUGGGGUUUGAUCCCCAAAAAAAUGAAUGUUAGUUGAGCUAUCCUUUCCCUCCAACCACAGCGGUGCAAGAGCGCGUCAACAGCAUCUCUUUUAUCUCUUACAGAACUGCAAAACCAUCCAGCAGCUUACCCAGAUCCAUGCUCAAAUCAUUACCACCGGGCUAACUCAGAAAAACUUCAUUCUUGGAAAGCUCCUAACAUUCUGCAUAAUCUUCCAAAGGCUGUCAUAUGCCACCCAAGUUUUCGAAUGGGUCAGAAACCCAAGCACCAUUCUUUGGAAUCAAAUCAUCAGAGGUCAUGCCAGUGGCGAACAGCCACCUCUAUCUGUUCUGUAUUUCCGGAAGAUGGAAAACUCCACUGCUUUACCUGAUGGGUAUACAUACUCAUAUGUAAUCAACAGUUGUGCAAAAGGGGUCUUGAUGUGUGAAGGCGAGCAAGUUCACGGCAAGAUAUUGAAAAACGGGUACUUCUCUGACGUGUUUGUUCAAAGUAAUUUGGUGAACUUCUACUCAGUCGUCAGUAGACAACAGGGAACUGUUAGUGCGAGUAAGGUGUUUGAUGAAAUGACUAAAAGAACUCCUGUGGCUUGGAAUUCACUGAUCUCUGGUUAUUUUAGGAGUGGAAAUUUCAACGAGGCAUCUCGGAUUUUCCACGAGAUGCCAGAGAAGAAUGGUGUUUCCUGGACUGCGAUGAUAGCUGGUUCUGCUCAGAACCACAGAUGCAAAGAAGCUUUGUCUUUUUUCCGUGCAAUGCGCAGGAACUGCGUGGAAAUUGACCAGGUGACUUUGGUGUCAAUUCUAGCCACUUGUGCAGAAAUGGCUGUCUUGGAUUUGGGCAGAUGGAUACAUUCUUACAUUCUUGAAUCCAUAAUUGCCAAAAGUGGGCAGGUGUUAAUAUCCGUGAACAAUGCACUCAUGCACAUGUAUGCCAGUUGUGGUGAAAUUAAGGAUGCUUAUAAGAUAUUCAUGGAAAUGCGCGAGAGAACUAUAGUUUCUUGGAAUACAAUGAUAACUGGUUUAGCCAAACAGGGUUAUGCACGGGAGGCUCUUACCAUAUUCGGGGAGAUGGAAACUUUAAAAGCUAAGCCGGACGAAAUCACAAUCUUGGGCAUAUUAUCUGCGUGUAGUCAUGCCGGUUAUGUCAAUGAAGGACGGUUUUACUUUAAACGAAUGAGAGAGUGUUAUGGAGUGGAGCCAAGAGUACAACAUUAUGGUUGCAUGGUUGAUCUCCUUAGUCGUGCUGGUCUCUCUAAUGAAGCAGAGAGACUUGUCAAGUGUAUGCCUAUGGUGCCAAACAAUGCCGUGUGGGGUGCUCUUCUAAGUGGCUGCAUUAUUCACAAGAACCUAAACCUUGCUUCAGACGUUGCACAGAAAUUUAUAGUCGAGCUUGAACACCCCGAAAGAUCAGCAGGCUAUUUCAUGCUCUUGUCAAAUGUGUAUGCCACUCACAAGAGGUGGUCUGCAAUCGGUAGCGUGAGACGGAAUAUGUUUGAGGUCGGAGUGAGGAAACCUCCAGGUCAAAGUUGCAUCCGAGUUGGUGGGGUCGACCAUGAUUUUUUUGCUGGUGACAGAAAUCACAAACAAACUUAUCUGAUCUAUGAGAUGGUUGAUGAAAUCACUGGGCAAGCUAAGUUGCAAGGAUACUACCAAUCUGACAUUUUGGAUUCUUUUUCAUAAUUCAUCAGCUCUUAGUAUUAUUAUUAUUAAUACGGAGUUAUCCGUGCACUCUAAGCAUAAUAAGCCAUAGAAGGGUACCAAACGGAGCGUAAGCAAAACAAGUAGCUUCUCGCUAACUUAUUUGGCUGAAAAAGCCUUUAGACUCAUAUUUUUAAUUUUUAAUAGAAGAGCUUCUCUUUAGUAAAAGAAUAGUUUUUAUUUUCCAAAAUAGUAACCCUUAUAAUUCUUGUCCUCGCGUGAUACUGAUCAGUGACCAAAUGAGCAGAUUAUUGAACCCAGUUACCACUGGUAAAAAGGCAAGUAACUUAACCAAUAAUACACAGAGAAUCCUUUCCCAAACUCAUCAUAAACCGGAAAGAGCCAAUCCUUAUCUUAAAAACUAUCUCAAAACUAAUCCCGCCAAAGCAGUGUUGCUGUUCCGUGACCUGCUGAGAAAAAAGGUUUCUUGCGUAGACAGCUACUCUCUCCUAUAUGUCAUCAACUCAUGCACCCAGAGAUCGUCAUUUGUUGAAGGAAAACAGUUCCAUGCGUUUUUCAUUAAACUGGGCUUUGAACUCAUAGUUUUCAUCCAAACAUCACUUGUACGAAUGUAUUCUUCUUCUGCAAAUCUUGAGCAUGCACGCAAGAUGUUCGAUGAAAUACCUAGCAAGAACGUUGUAUGCUGGACUUCGAUGUUCACUGCUUAUGUUCAUAACCAGAAACCCAGAAGAGCUUUAGAGGUAUUCUGGCAAAUGCUCGAGGCAAAAGUGGGUCCUGAUCCGGUGAUUCUCACAAUCACUCUAUCUGUGUGUGCUGGUGUCAGGGCACUGGAUGUGGGAGCUCAGAUUCAUGCCUACAUUUUAAAGAAAUACUGGUCCGGUACGGAUUUGCCUUUGACAAAUGCCCUCUUAAACUUGUACACAAAAUGCGGGGAUCUCAAAACUGCCAAGAUAUUGUUCAAUGGUAUGUGGAAAAAGGAUGUCACCACAUGGACUUCCAUGAUUCUAGGGCUUGCAAUCCAUGGCCAAGCAGAAGAAGCUCUCAGGCUAUUCACAUCCAUGGAAACAGCCAAAGGCGAAGUAGUGAUUCCGAAUGACGUUACAUUCAUAGGAGUUCUAAUGGCAUGUAGUCACACAGGAAAGGUAGAACAAGGCAAGAGGUAUUUCAGAAGAAUGAUUCAAGAAUAUUGCAUAAAGCCCAGACUAUCCCACUAUGGGUGUAUGGUGGACCUGUUUUGCAGAAAAGGGAUGCUAAAAGAAGCAUAUGGUUUCAUUAUGGAAAUGCAAAUUUCUCCGAAUGCAAUUAUAUGGAGAACACUGUUAGGGUCGUGUGGCAUUCAUGGCAACAUUGAGCUUGCUGCAGCAGCUUACAGCAAGCUGCUGGAAAUGGAAGAGGCACUUACUGGGGAUCAUGUUGUUAUGUCUAAUAUAUAUGCUGCCAAAGGCAUGUGGGAGGAGAAAGUGAAGCUUAGAGAUGAGAUGGGGCAUAGAAGGAUUCCAGGUUGGAGUUCAGUCAAGGUGGGGAGUUUCCUUUCAUGAUUUUGUUGUAAAAGAUCAUAAACCUUGAUCUAUCUAAUCCAAUAAGUCUCCUUUCACUGGUUUGGUUAAAUGAAUUUUUAUUAUUAUUUGGGAGUAGAGUAUAAAGGAAUUAGAGAAACUAUUAUGUAGAAUCAGUCAACUGCAACAUUUAAAUGUUAAAAAUUGAAUACAAAUCACUUGGCUGAUAUAUUAAUGUCAGAAGGAUUCACUUGUAUCAUUAUUUCACUUAUUAUAUCAUGAAUUGAAUAUGUAGUGGAAUCCAUAUGAGAAGUACUCCGAGUAAUAGUUUCUUAUGACUUAAACAUUAGUAAAACAAUAGUAAAACGGAUAACGGGAUAAGAUAUAAACAAAUGAGACCAAACUUAAACAAUAGCAAAGUACAAUAAACAGAUUAGACCGGAUUAAAUUAAAUAAGAAAUUUCUGAUCCAAUUAAAAUCCCUAAAUCGUAUGACAUUUUUUGUGAAUAUAGGGUAAAAAUGGGUAAAUGCUUGUGUGUUAUGAAUUGUUCGAAAUUACUAUGAAAUCAAACAUAAUUAGUCAAUUACUACUCCUAUUAAUUACUAUGUAGCACACUAGCACCAAAUGACCAAAUAACAUCAAAGUGUCCUUAUGCCUUUUUUCGAACUAUAAUGCUUAUUUCGUAAGGUAUGUUUGGGAGUUUGAAAGGAAGGGGUGAGGAAGGUUUUUAAGGUUAGUCAUUGAUAGAGAAGGGGGAAGAUGAGAAAACCUUUCUUCUUGUUUGGGAGUAACAAAUUUGAAGAGAUAGAUGUUAUGGAUGAAUUAUAAUUAAAUCACUUCACAUAUAUGAUGAAUUCAAAUAGUUGAAUUUAUGUUUAUUUAAACUUGAGCAAAAGUUGUCAUUUAAUUAGCUAUACUUCAAAAUCCCCCAAUUUGGGGGUAUUUGAAAAUUAAGCAUUUGAAAGGUUUUGGAUGGUUACAAAAGUCUUCCAAAACCAUUCCCUCCAUCUUUUUAAACACCCAAACAUGAAAGCAAGGCCAUAAACCCUUGUCAACCUUCCUCUCCCCUCCAAAACUCAACUCCCAAACAUACCCUUAGGGUAUUUGAGCCCUAAAGUGACCACACUUUCCUCAUUAUCCCUCAUGGAAAAUAUUACUUACCGAAUUGUUGGAUUGUUUUCCUUCAAAUAUAUAGAAGGUAAAAAUAUUUUAAGAAAUAACAUCUCUUCACCUACGUACCAAAUAUAAGAAAAAUUCUUUGUAAUUAUGAACACCAGUUGAAAAAAAUGAUAUUAUGAAUAAACACGGUUUCUAGUGAGUUCAGUUUUUCUAACUGAUUCAUUGUCCCAUGAGUGAUGAGUCCUUUUUUUUACAGAUGAAGCAGGCAGAACUGUUUUGAGUAUUUUUAAAAUAAAUUGAAUUAAGAAAAAAUAACAUUUUAUGUCACUGCUCUUCAAAAUAAACUAAAUGAGAUAUGUCUUUCCUAGCACAAGUUGUCUGGUCACUCUUAGAGCUUGCAAAGUUAUAAUGCCGUCGUAAGACAAUUACAAUAUUACUCCCAUUUGGGAGUAAUAGUAAAGUUGACAUGAUGUCAUGAUACAUUUAUAUAGUAUAAAAUCAUUUUGUCGAUUUUGAUAUCUUAAAGUAAUAAAUUAUAUUGAAAUCGUAUAGAGUAGAAUUCAUCUAUGAAAUAAAACUGGCCAAGCUUUAUUAGGAUAUAAAAUAAACGCAAACUACUAAAAAGGAAGUAAAUUCAAUGGAGCAAAUAUUUUGCAAAGCACAUAAUAGUUAUUACUGCAUAAUGUAUUAUGCAUAGAUGAUAUCUUUGAAGAAAAAUAGUCAGCUGAAAGAGACCAUGACCAUCAUUUGACUCUGCAAAUCUGCAAUGAGGUCAUACAAAACCUGGUCUGGUCACCAUCCCAACUCUUCUUCUGGUCUUCACCAAAUCAAGAUCUUCCAUAAAGUUGUAGAGAGCAAAUAUGGUCUGAUUUCAUGGCCUAUUCUGGUUGCUCUAUUGGUCAACAUAACAGUUCUGCUUUCUGUCUUCACACUCCUCAAAGAGCAGCAACUUUUUGAUGGCUUCUCGGUGGUUGCAAACGCAAGAAGCAGUCAUUCGAAACCCGAGAAAGAAGGAGAACUUGAUGAUGAGCUACUUGGUGGACUUCUACAUUCCAUUUUUGAUGAAAGAUCAUGUCCAAGUAGGUACCAAUCAGUUCAUUACUUAAAAGGACUUAAGCGCCAGCCUUCUCCAUAUUUAAUAUCCAAGCUGAGAAGCUAUGAAGUUCUUCACAGGCAAUGUGAACCUUACACAGAACAAUAUAAUAAAACUGUGCAACUCAUCCAGUCGGGAGGAGAGUUAUCUCCUACACACUGCAAGUAUGUAAUUUGGACACCUUUUAGCGGGAUGGGCAACCGGAUUCUCACUUUAGCUUCAACGUUCAUAUACGCCAUUCUCACAAACCGAAUCCUUCUUUUGGAUUUUCGGGAUUUCACGUCUGAUCUCUUCUGUGAACCGUUCCCUGAAACUUCUUGGAUUUUACCACGGGAUUUCCCCAUUGCUCAUUACUUGGGAGAAUUUAAUCAGACCUCUUCUUACUGCCAUGGGUAUAUGGUCAAGAACAAUUUGACAGGACAGUCUUCUGGAAUUCCUCCAUUCAUCUAUCUAAAUUUGAUAUACGACAUGGAUCAAUAUGACGAAUCAUUCUUUCGUGACACUGAACAACAAAAACUCUUGAUAAAAGUACCAUGGAUAAUUGUGAUGUCAGACGAGUAUUUCAUACCAUCUCUUUUCAUGAUGAAAUCUUUUAAGGAAGAACUCGAGAACAUGUUCCCAGACAAAGACUCCGUUUUCCACCUCCUCGGACGGUACCUACUUCAUCCCACAGAACUAGUGUGGGGUCUCAUUACAAGAUACUACCAAGCCUACUUAGCACAAGCUGAUGAUAAGAUUGGAGUUCAGAUUAGAGUGUUUGAUGGACCAUCCUGGCCUCUACAACAUGUAUUUGAUCAGAUAAUUACUUGUACGUCAAUGUGGAAUAUACUACCACCUGUUAUUAAAAACGGUCAUCGGUCAACAGGCACCGGUCAUCGGGAGAUAAAGAACACAACGAAAGUUGUUCUCGUGACAGCGUUGAAUCCAGGGUACUCCGACGCAAUCCGUUUAAUGUACUCAAUGAAUCCAACGGAGACCGGGGAGGUGAUUCAGGUUCAUCAACCAAGUCAUGAAGAGUAUCAAAAAAUGGAGGAUUUAUUACACUACACAAGGGCAUUGGCAGAAAUUUAUCUUCUUGCUAUGAGUGACACAUUGGUCACAAGUGCAUGCUCAACUUUUGGAUAUGUUGCUCAGGGUCUUGGAGGACUAGAAUCUUGGGUCAUGUAUAAGCCAGAGAAUGACACAGUUCCUGAUCCCUCAUGUGGAAGAGUCCUUUCCAUGGAGCCUUGUUUUCACCUUCCUCCUUCACAUACAAUAAUGGAGCAUGUUUCUUAUGUUAGGCCUUGUGAAGAUAAACUCAACGGUCUCAAGCUCUAUAAGGAUACCAAUUAAUUUGUGUUGAUUUGAAAUUGUUUCUAGGGGAAAACAUAUUGAUGUUUUAUCAAUUUUGUAAUUUUGCUACACAUAGACUCAUGCCAAAAGAAUUAAAUUCGAAAAUAGAUCUUAAAUUGUAAACUUCUUGUAAUUCGA